UCCCUAACCCCCUCCUCCCCUCCCCCCACCCCCCGCCCGCUCCCUGGUCCCGGGAGGAGCCGCCAGCCAAGAUGUCCCGGUCCAACCGGCAGAAGGAAUACAAAUGCGGGGACCUGGUCUUCGCCAAGAUGAAGGGUUACCCGCACUGGCCUGCCCGGAUUGAUGAGAUGCCAGAAGCUGCAGUCAAAUCCUCCUCCAAUAAGUACCAAGUCUUCUUCUUUGGGACCCAUGAAACGGCAUUCCUGGGACCCAAAGAUCUCUUCCCCUAUGAGGAAUGCAAGGAGAAGUUUGGAAAACCCAACAAGCGGAAAGGGUUCAGCGAAGGUUUGUGGGAGAUUGAGAACAACCCCACGGUCAAAGCCUCUGGUUACCAGGUGGGUAAUGAGCUAGGGGGCCUCCAUCCCCCCCCCCCCUCCUCCUUCCUGGAUGCCCUCUGUGAAUCCCCCCUGUUCCCACAGCCCACCCAGAAGAAGAGCUGCCCCGAGGCGGCCGAACGGGAGCCAGAGGGAGAUGGGGAAAAGAAGGGCAAUGCAGAGGGCAGCAGCGAUGAGGAGGGGAAGCUGGUGAUUGACGAGCAGUCCAAGGAGAAGAACGAGAAAGCUGGGAUCAAGAGAAAAGCAGAAGAUGCUUUGGAGAACUCCCCCAAACGCCCCAAGGAUGCAGAGGGGCAGGAAGGGGACAAGAAGGUGGACAACGAAGAGGUCCCCAAGGAGGAGCCCAAAGCCAACCCAUGUGAGGUGGAGAAGAACAGUGACACCGCCGACGCACCAGACACCAAUGAAGCCAAGCAGGAGGGCAAGGAGGAGAUCAGAGACCACAAGGAGAGCCCGUAGUGGCUUCCCUGGAGAGCUGAUCCUUCCCUGCCGGGACCUGGGUGCUGCCCCAUGUUGCCCAUGCCGGCUCAUCGUGUCCAGAGCUCCGGAUGAGAGAAACCACCCCAAAAUGAAAUUUCAAAAGGAAAAAAAAAAAGAAAACUACAAAAAAAGAGAGGAAUGCAGAGCAGCCCGGUACUGACCCCGAGCGCUCUGUGCCUGCCCUGCCGUGGGCGCACGCUUUGUAUUAGUGAUUCCUUGGGGCUGAGCAGUUGAUUUGAAAUAAAAGCGAAUCUUGCCUUUUUAAA